UCGGUCUGGUGGCCCACAACGCCAGCUCUAUCGGUCAGCGGAACUUACUUCUGGAUCAUAUGGUGCAGCGUGAAAAGCUGAUUCAGAACCUCACGACAGACAACAACGCUCUGAGAGAUGAGCUGAAGCAGAUGAAGAUUAAUUCCAGCAGACUGACAAAAGAGAUGGAGGUCCUGCAGAGCCAAUACAACACCACGGCUGCGAGUCGAGAUAACUUACAACAGGAGGUCAACAGGUUAAAUGCGACAACAUGUAAAGUCUGCCUCCAAGGAUGGAUUAUGUUCAACAACAAGUGCUACUACAUCUCAGAAAAAGGACAGAAUAAGAACUGGGAGGACAGCAGAAGAGAUUGUCUGCAGAGAGGAGUUGACCUGGUGAUGCCCACUACUAAAGAAGAGCUGGCAUUUGUGGCCAGAAUUCACGACAGAACCUGGAUCGGUUUGUCUGACAUGAAGCAGGAGGGCACGUGGCUCUGGGUGGAUGGAUCUGGGGUACGUACUGCGUUCUGGCGAAGUGGGGAGCCAAAUAAUCAUGGAGAUGAGGAUUGUGUGGAGAUCAUUAAGGAACAUGAGAAAUGGAAUGAUGCGCGUUGUAGUGAAAAUCUACCAUGGAUUUGUGAGGAUUAGGAUCCAGUGGGUCAUAAGAGUUUGUCUUUGAGCAGCACAUACAUUUACACAUUACUCUACUGCUUCCUGAAUGGCAACUACAACUAUACAGUCGUGAACAAAAGUUUACAUCCACUUGUAAAGACCAUAUAUAAUUUCAGGCUUAAGUUUUCAGUGACUCCUGUA